AUGAUGAAGAGAAACAAAUUUUGGCAAGACCUAGAUAGUAUGUGCACAGAGAUACCGGAUGUUGAAACAGCCUUGAUUGCUGGCGAUUUCAAUGGUCACAUGAGAGAGAGAAACUUGGCAAUAGAGCGUGUCCAUGGUAGAUAUGGGAGCGGGGCUGUAAAUCCCAACGGAGAACGGCUAAUUGACUUCGCAGUGGCAUACGAUCUGGCUAUAUUGAACACGUUCUUCAAAAAGAAGGAUUACAAUACAUAUGAAAGUGGAGGACAGGAAACACAAUUGGACUACAUAUUAUACAAGAGAAGUAAAAUGAGUGAAGUCAGAAAUUUUAAGGUAAUUAAGGGAGAAACAGCUGCCAAACAACAUCACCUGAUUAUUGGGGAGUUUAACAUUAAAAGAGGGAGGAAAGGAAAGAAAAGGGCAAUACCUAAGAUUAAGUGGUGGAAUUUGAAAGACGAAGACCAGAGAAGUUUGUUCAGGGAGAGAGUGCUGGAGCAGAUAGAGUUGAGGGAGGGAGUUGAAGAGUGGUGGAAUUUGAAUGCUUCAAUGAUCCGACAAGCUGCAGAGGAAAUAUUGGGGAUGACAUCUGGUAAAGGACCACCCAAUGACAAGGAAACUUGGUGGUGGAAGGAAGAAAUAUUGGAAACUAUAAAGCAGAAGAUUACAAGGAAGGAAUAUUACAAAAACAGAAAUGAGGAAAAUGAAGAAAGGCUUAAAACAGCGAACAAAGCAGCAAAGAAAGCAGUGGCAGUAGCUAAAACUGAGACAAGGGAAGAAAUGUAUCAAGAACUCGAUACAAGAGGAGGACAGAAAAAGAUUUAUAGAAUAGCAAAGGCCAGAGACAAGAGUACGAAAGAUCAGACACAUAUCAGGCAUAUGAAGGAUACAGAAGGAAAUGUUUUGUAUGAUGAUGAUGCUAUAAAAGGAGAUGGAAGGAAUAUUUUUGAAAACUUAAUGAAUGUAGAGACCCAAGAGUGGAAACAGGAGCGGGCUUACCAACAGAGAGGAGGAACUGAUAACAUAUCACGUAGAGAAGUGGAAAAGGCGCUGAGAUUAAUGAAAUCAAACAAAGCUGUUGGACCGGAUAACAUCCCGAUAGAAGCAUGGAAUAGCCUUGGGGAGGCUGCUGACUGCACUAACUACAGGGGAAUUAAAUUGAUCUCACAUACAAUGAAGCUUUGGGAGAGGACUAUUGGAAUGAGGAUCGAGGCUGAAACGGUCAUCAGUGAGAACCAGUUUGGAUUUGUUAAGGGAAGACAGACAUCAGAUGCUAUUUUUGCCUUAAGACAGACAAUGGAAAAUCCGUAUAUAUUCGACCUUAUAAUGGACGUUCUAAGCGAAGGGAUUCAAGAGGAGGCACCCUGGACAAUGUUAUUUGCAGAUGACAUUGUCUUGGUGUGUAUUACAAAAGAAUCAUUGAGAGAGAAACUUUCGCAAUGGAAGAGGGCUUUGGAGGACCGAGGCUUGAAGAUAAGCAGAACAAAGUCUGAGUACCUCUCAUUAAUGAUUUUGAGGAGGAAAAUGGGGUGGAAAUGGAUGACGAGAUCAUUAAGAGAGGUACCAGCUUUUAAAUAUCUAGGCUCACAUGUGACAGAGGACGGUGAACUGGAUGUAGAAGUAAAUCAACGCAUUCAGUCAGGGUGGCAGGCAUGGAGAAGGUUUUCAGGAGUACUCUGCGACAAGAAGAUCAGCGCAAGACUCAAAGGGAAGGUUUACAAAACAGCUGUGAGACCUGAUAUCCUUUAUGGGGCGAGACAUGGCAAUUAA